AUGGGCGGCGCCAUCGCAGGCAGCGGCCUCCAGGUGUGGUGCACAUGUCCCCGGCAGGAGGUGGAGGAGUCAGCGAUGAUGCGUUGGUGGAGGUGCAACUGCCUUUCAAGGUCCUUCACGGGCAGCGUGUACCUGGUAGAGCCGGUUUUCGCGCUCUACAUCUUCAGCAUGUCGAUGGGCUUCAUGCUGCUGCAGCAGUAUGUGUACAGGAGACUGUGGCUGCAGGUCAGCGGUGCUCCAUACCCCGUGGAGGUGGACAACAUGUACUGUGCAGACAGCUCAACAAACCUGACGCUCACAUUUCAGGAGGUUCAAAGGGAAACGUCUCUUUUUUUCCUGUACUACUACCUACUAGUUUUUUUCCCGGGCCUGCUGCCCUCCCUUCUCCUGGUGAAUUACAGCGACUUCUGGGGCAGAAAGGCCGCCAUAUUGCCCCCUGUGGUUGGAGGCUUGUUUUUGCUCUUGACCUGCUUUCUCACCAGUUACCUCUCUCUCGACCUGAACUUCGUGCUUGGAACCGCUGUUGUCACCGGGUUUUUCGGGGGUAUGGAAACCUUGUUGGGGGCCUGCUUUUUAUACAUGGCCGACUGGUGCGAAGACGCCAGGAUUCGGACGGUACGAAUGGCUGGACUGGAAAUUAUCCCGGGGCUGUUCUCGGGCCUGUCGUCUCUUUGCACCGGAUACUUCAUCCGCACCGCAGGGUUCACCUGGCCCUUCCUCACCGCGGCCCUGCUGCUCCUUCUGAACCUGGGCUACGUGCUCUUUGUCCUACGAGAGACCCUGAACACUGCAGCGUCCCCAUGUCCAACAUCAUCCUCCUCCUCCUCCUCCUCCACCUCAUCGACGCGCAUUUCAACAGAGGCUGACCCCUCCUCUAUAUCUAAACUCCGGGUGAUGAUUGGUCAUCUGCAGAAAGUAUAUCUGAUAUUUGUGUCGGGUUCCCGCAGGAGAAACACUGUUCUGGGGAUGAUGCUGGCAGCCUUCGCAUUGCACACCAUGUCCCAGCGUGGUGCGUUUAUGGUUACCCUCUAUGAGCUAAAUGAGCCUCUGUGCUGGAGUGAGGUGUUGGUUAGCUAUGGCUCACUGCUGACCUCACUCACCUGUCUGACCAGCUUUGCAGGCGUCUUCUUCCUUUCCCGCUGUCUCGGAGAACAUCAUAUUGUCCUGCUGGGACUGCUGUCUAUCAGCGUAGGCCUGCUGAUGGCUGCAGUCGCAAAGACCACGCUCCUCAUGCUCCUGGUGAGGAUUCCUCUGAUGCUGUCUGCCGCACCCAGCGCUGUUCUCAGGUCUAUGAUGUCAAAGGUAGUACUGUCCUCUGAACAAGGUGCAGUGUUUGCAUGCAUUGCAUUUGUAGACUUGUUGAGUGCCAACCUGGCACAGAUGAUGUUCAGCAGCACGUAUGCUGCCACCGUUGCCUGGUUCUCCGGGUUCAUCUUCCUGCUGGCCUCGUUCCUGUCCAUAAUUUCAGCCGUUCUGAUUGGAGUUUUAAUGCUCUUCCCUCUGGAUGUGGUUGAGGAUAUGAGCAAACUCACAGCUGAGGAGUGA